AUCCCCCACACACCUUCCCCCAAAAUAUUGUAAUUCAUUUUUCUGCAAAUCAUAUACAGUUGAUCAAACAAUAAUAAUAAUUAAUUUACAAAUGGAAGUUUUUAGAUCAAUAAAAACAGUUUCUUCUUCUUCUUCUUCUUCAUCUAAUGGUGUUUCCACCACUAUCCCCCUUUACCGCACGCCUCCAACACUUGAAGUCCGACUGGAAGAUUUCGAGCGGUUCGCUGUCGAUCGUCUCAUCGUUCUUAGAGGGAUUUCUGAUGGAUUGGCUAGAGGAAAGAAACCCGACGAAAUGGAAAAAUUGGUAAGUGAUCUAUGGAAAGCCAAUAUGAGGCAUCCACAAGCAUCAGAGGUUAUCAAUAAAGAUAUCAUUUCCCAUUUUGUUUUGCGCCUUGUGUAUUGUCGAACUGAGGAAUUGAGGAAAUGGUUUCUUUCGAUGGAAAGUACUCUUUUUCGCUACCGGUUCCGGCUUGAGCCUUCUGAAGUACAUAAAGCGUUGAUGACAGAACUUGGGAUCCCAUACGAAGGUGUCACCAAUGGUGAAUUUGAGCGUUUGAGGGAUAAACUAAGCCUUGUUGCACGCUCGGCUAACCAACCAGUACCCAUUUCUGGUGGAACAUUAUACAAGGUUCCAUUUGAAGAAGUUCCAGAACUUGUGGCAAGCCGUAGAGUACUAAUCCAGAAAGGAGAUGCAUAUGUUGCUUUGAGUCAAGUUGUCUCAUUUGUUGUUCCACACUUCCGUAGUCAUCUCUCAAAAGCCCUUGUUCUAACAAACAGAAAAUGGACAUCUGUGAUAAGGGAACAAGAGAAGGACCGUCUAACACCUUUAGUUGAAGCCCUUGCUACAAGUUAUCUUGGACCUGACUACGCCCAGGACAAUGAAGUUGGUGAAAUAUCUUUGAAAGAUAUUGAUCAAGUAGCCAGAGCUUCAUUUCCUUUGUGUAUGCAGCACCUCUUCAACACAUUAAGAGAGGAUCAUCAUUUGAAGCAUGGGGGGAGGAUGCAGUUGGGCCUAUUUCUUAAGGGUGUUGGGCUGAAGUUGGACGAUGCACUUGCCUUUUGGAAGGCCGAGUUCUCUCAGAAGGUUGGUUCUGAGAGAUUUGACAAAGAAUAUGCAUACAGCAUACGCCAUAACUACGGUAAAGAAGGAAAGAGAACGGAUUAUACACCUUACUCUUGUCAGAAGAUUAUUCUAUCAACUCCAGGAGUUGGAGAUCAUCAUGGUUGUCCUUAUCGUCAUUUUAGCGAAGAAAAUCUAAGGGCGGCCCUUGGUAAAAUGGGAGUAUCUAGUCGUGCAUUGGAUGGCGUGAUAGAAAAAGCAAAAAGUAGACAUUAUCAGUUGGCAUGCACCUUGACCUAUGAAGCUCUUCAUGACUCACCUUGUGAUGCUGGAAUUAAUCAUCCAAACCAAUACUUCAGUGAUAGCCAAAAGAUCCUGAAAGAAAAGAAACUAUCGACAGCAUGAGGCAUAUGAGUUAUAUUAUCUUUUCAUACCAGUCAUCAUCGGAGCCAAUUGAUGAAUUCACAUGUUGUGCAUCAGUAUUGGUAUAUUCUAAACAUAGUAAAAGGUCAAGAGUUAUAUAAACGAAUUUAAGACGUGUCAUUUACUUGGGAGUGAUUAGUGGUAGGUCUAGAAUCAUGUAUUUUAUAUGCAAUAGAGUCGUUUUAUUAUCUCUUGUGACCCUCUCUUUGUUCAUAAUCCAUUAUCCUAAACCAUCUAGAAUCAUGUAUUUUGUAUCUAACUAUGAGAUAUUGAGAUUGGGUAUCGUUGUUGUA